AUGCCCCCAGCUUCCUCAGACCGCUUCAUUCUUCUUCCUUCUACCUAUCUUCCAUCGAGGGACCCCACAUCAACCGUCACCCUCCAGAGUCUCAUCGAUGUCUCGGACCGCAUCCAAGACGAUGCCAGAGAAACCCUUCCCUUCAAAUUCGACGAGUGUUCAUAUGGUAAGGGGCACCUCAGGCAGUCUGUGUGGUCGUGUAUAGACUGUGGCGGGAAGGGUGUAUGUUAUGGCUGUUCUAUCUCGUGCCACGGCGAGCACAAACUUGUGGAGCUUUGGACGAAGCGCUCUUUUAGAUGCGAUUGUCCGACGACGAGCAUGCAGCCUGAGCCGCCAGCCGGCAACCAGGUCAAGAGGCGUCGAUGCGCUCUUUAUCCUCCUGAGAUACAACCCCAGUCUCCCAAUCACAAGAAUAAGUAUACCCAUAACUUCGAAGGAGAGUUCUGCAGGUGCGGGAGGGAUUAUAAUGCAGAAACUGAAGAAGAGGCGAUGCUGUCUUGUCUUGGUUGUGAGGAUUGGUUCCAUGAAAGCUGUCUGAAUCUCCUGCUUCCUGCUUCCAUAAAAUCUGAGGCGAUUACAGAACAGCUACCCACUCCUGUGACUGCAUCCUCUCAACCUUUAGGGGAGCCCGUCCCUGCAUCUUCCGCGCCCUCUGUUGAUGCGCAAGCUGCCGAGGAGGAAGACGACGACGACGAAAGAGUCCUUAUCCCUUCCGACACAUAUGACUCCCUCAUCUGCUCGGCCUGCGUACGAUCGAACCCCUUCAUGAAGAGCCAAGCAGGCAAGGGCGGGUGGAUGAUGAUCGAGCCGUCGUCAAGCGGGUCAUGGGAGGUCAUCGGGAAGAGCGUUACUGGGAGCGAUAGCCAAAUAGUGGAUGAGAUGAAGAAUGGCAAACGGGCUCUUCAAGAGGAUGAAGCGGAUGCUCACGCCAAGAAAAUCAAGCUGGACGACGCAACGGUAAAAGCUAGUUCGGGAGAGGAGAUUUCAGAUUGGAAGUGGCAGGGCAAAGGCGACGUCUUUCUGUCUCAUGGUAUCCGCGAGAAGCUGAAAACCCAACUCGAUGAGUCUACUAUUGCCAGUCUGCCAUUCCCUUUGGAAGACGGCGAUAUCUACGAACCUGCCAGAGACGAGCAGGAAGAUCAAACCACAGAGGAAGUCAUGACUCAAGCACUGUCGAAUCUACCCAGGGUACAAACCAUCGAGGCUUUACACGGAUAUCAAAGACUGAAGAACAGGCUCUCUGAGAUGCUCGCGGAGCGAGCAGCCGACGGAAGGAGCGUCAGCAAGGAAGACAUCGACGAGAUAUUUGAACAGCUGCGAUCGGGUCAACAAGUAUAG